CCUGGAAGAGACAGACAGGCAGGUUUACAAUGCAGUUUUCAGGCAGAAAGAAGAAGCAGAUCAGCAGCUCUCAGAGUGAUCUGUAUGAUCACUGUCUUCAAUUUUAUGGUCAGCCUCCUCUGGACAACAUCUCCCUCAUCGAGUUUGAGACCUUUGCAGUGGAGAGACUGAAAUUGCUCAAAACUGUGGAAAACCUUGGAGUGAGCUAUGUGAAAACUACAGACCAGUACAUCAAAAAGCUGGAAGCUGAGUUUUCAAGCCUGAACUUUCCAUUCAGGGCAGAACUGGAUGACCGAAAGGUUCCAGGAGGAACAUCUGAAUAUGAGAAACGAAGAAAAGACCAUAUCUCCCAUUUUAUUCUCCGCUUGGCUUAUUGCCAAACGGAGGACCUCAGGCGAUGGUUUAUCCAACAGGAAAUGGAUCUUUUUCGUUACCGGUUUGGGAUUCUUCCUUCAAAGCACAAGACUGAGUUUUUGAAUAAGAAUAAUUUGAAGUAUGAGACGGUUAGCGCCGAGGAAAAGAAAAACCUAAAAGACAAGCUCAUCAACUCCAGUUAUGGAUUAAGUGGAAUCACACUAGAAGAAUAUGAGUUCUACAGAGUCCCAUUUCAGGAUGCCCUGGAUUUAGUGCGCACAAGGAAAGUCUACUUACUGGCUGGCAGUGCUUACAUUCCCCAACACGAAAUUAUCACCAUUGUCCUGAAUGACUACCGCACAAGAUUGUCCAAAGCACUUGCAAUGACUGCUCGAUCUCUGCCAGCGGUACAGUCUGAUGAACGCCUCCAGCCCCUUUUGAGUCACCUCAGCCAUGCUUAUGUGGGCCAGGAUUACAGCAUUCAGAAAAACGUUGGAAAAAUUUCUCUGGAGCAGAUUGAUUCACUUUCAGGCAAGUCGUUUCCUCUGUGUAUGAGGCAUCUCCACAAGGCACUGAGAGAGAACCACCACUUGCGACAUGGUGGACGCAUGCAGUACGGCCUCUUCCUCAAGGGCAUUGGUCUUACUCUGGAACAGGCCAUGCAGUUCUGGAGGUCAGAGUUUGUCAAGGGGAAAGUCGAUGCAGACAAGAUGACUGCUCGAUCUCUGCCAGCGGUACAGUCUGAUGAACGCCUCCAGCCCCUUUUGAGUCACCUCAGCCAUGCUUAUGUGGGCCAGGAUUACAGCAUUCAGAAAAACGUUGGAAAAAUUUCUCUGGAGCAGAUUGAUUCACUUUCAGGCAAGUCGUUUCCUCUGUGUAUGAGGCAUCUCCACAAGGCACUGAGAGAGAACCACCACUUGCGACAUGGUGGACGCAUGCAGUACGGCCUCUUCCUCAAGGGCAUUGGUCUUACUCUGGAACAGGCCAUGCAGUUCUGGAGGUCAGAGUUUGUCAAGGGGAAAGUCGAUGCAGACAAGUUUGAUAAAGCAUAUGCCUACAGCAUCCGCCACAUGUUUGGGAAGGAAGGCAAGCGCACUGACUACACCCCCUACAGUUGCAUGAAGGUGAUUUUGUCAAACCCACCCAGCCAAGGCGACUACCAUGGGUGUCCAUUCCGCCACAGCGACCCUGAACUGUUGAAACAGAAGUUGCAGUCCUAUAAAAUCGCCCCUAGUGGGAUCAAUCAGAUUUUGGAGCUGGUCAAGGGAAUGCACUAUCAGCUGGCCUGCCAGAAGUACUUUGAGCUGACACACAGUGUUGAGGAUGCUGGGUUUUCUCUCAAUCAUCCAAACCAGUACUUCACUGAGAGCCAGAAGCUUCUGGGUGGAGGCCAAGGCAUCAAGAAAGAAGUGGAGAUGUCGCAAAAAAGCCAAGAAAAUCCUCCCAGCGCGUCCCGUCCAUCUCAGGCAAACCCUAUACAGGCCCAAGAAGAGAUGGGGGAUUUAGACUCCUUCUUCCAGGAUGAAUGAUUUUGUAGAACCUAUGGAAAAUACAGGGCUCUGUAUGAGACACAAA